UGAUAAAUGUUUCCAAUCAUUGUCACUAGUAGAAAAAUAACCUAACAUUAAAGGCCUUCACACAAUUAAAUGGAAUAGAAAUAAAGAGUUCAACAUAAAUGAGAAUUCCGUAGAUGAGAUAGGAAUGUAAGGUUUUCUCUCAACAGUCGUCAUUUUUGGAGCAACUCAACGCGAGCCAAAAUUUCAAAAUUGAUGUAAUACCAUGCAUCAUUUUAGCAACAAUUGAUUAGGUUAAAUUUUGUAUAAAAUGCCUGCAGUUUGUCACGCGAAAGGCUGUAAACAUCAAGCAAAGGAUAAACUUCGUUUAUUUAAAUUCCCUGCUAAUCAAGAAAGAAGAGAAAUAUGGAGGAGAAAUUGUGGUAGAGACAAUGCUCCUCAGCAUGCCAGGUUAUGUGAGUAUCACUUUGAUGAUUCUCAAUUUGAACAGAACCGGCAAGAUGGGUGGCGUAAAUUAAAACCAAAUGCAGUACCAACAAUCUUCCACCAUUAUUUAUCAGCUUCCAAUCAAGUUAAUAAACCAUUUGAUGAUGGAGUACAAAUAAUAAAGGCAGAGAAGAUUGAAGUAAAGCAAGAGACAGAUAUUGAAAAUGAUACCAUUUAUCUUCAUUCGGCAGAUGACCUUAACAUAAAUAUAAUUGAAUCAGGAAUCACGGUACAAUCAUCCAAUUCCAUUAAUCAAUUAAAUAUAAUUAAACACUUGGAAAUGGAAUUAAAACAACUGACUGCCAAAAAUGAACAAUUAAAGAAAGAUAAUGCUUUGCUAAGAAUUGAUAAUAAACAAUUAAAACAUCAGCUAUUGGCUAAGUCAAAGAGUCUGAAAUCAUUAAGGAAUAUAAUGGAUAAAAUACCAGUUUUAAAACAAUCUUUAGAAGGGUUUAAUAAUAUCACUCGUAAAUGGUCAUCAGAAUGUUUAAAGUUUGCGUUACGAAUUAGAUACGCGGUUGGUUGGAAAUCGUAUAUAUAUUUGCAAAAAAAACUAGGAAUUCCAUUACCAUCAUAUUCGACUAUGUGUCGACAUCGUAACCAAAUUAACCUCACACCAGAUAUGUCAAAAGAUAUGGCGUUUUUUAUGGACGCAAGAAAAAAACAUCACCUCUCUGUAAGGAAGGCAAAAACGAAAAUGAAAAAAAAAUUCCUUCCGCCUCUAAAAGUGCAAAAAGACACUCAAUAAAUGACUAAACAUAUACAUAUAUAUAUUAAUAAAUAAAUAAGCAGAUAUCGUAAUGUACAGUAAUUAUUACUUUAUUUAUUUAUAUUUUUAUUGCUCGUUGAUAAUUAAUAAAGUUAAG